GCUGCAGCCGCCGCCGCCGCCGCUGACAGCACCGCAGCCCGCGGGCACCAUGACCGCUCUGCGCGCUGGGGUUACAGACUGUGGUUUUGUAUCUGCCCCUCAAAGCUAACUUCAGCAUGCUCAAAAGGAAGCAGAGUUCCAGGGUGGAAGCCCAACCAGUUACUGACUUUGGUCCUGAUGAAUCUCUAUCAGACAACGCUGACAUACUCUGGAUUAACAAGCCAUGGGUGCACUCUUUGCUGCGCAUCUGUGCCAUCAUCAGCGUUAUCUCGGUUUGCAUGAACACACCCAUGACCUUCGAGCACUAUCCUCCUCUCCAGUAUGUGACCUUCACUUUGGACACUUUAUUGAUGUUUCUCUACACUGCAGAGAUGAUAGCAAAAAUGCACAUCCGGGGUAUUGUCAAGGGGGAUAGCUCCUAUGUGAAAGACCGCUGGUGUGUUUUUGAUGGCUUCAUGGUCUUCUGCCUUUGGGUUUCACUUGUGUUGCAGGUGUUUGAAAUUGCUGACAUAGUUGAUCAGAUGUCACCUUGGGGCAUGUUGCGGAUCCCAAGGCCACUCAUUAUGAUCCGAGCUUUCCGGAUUUAUUUCCGAUUUGAACUGCCGAGGACCAGGAUUACAAAUAUUUUAAAGCGAUCAGGAGAACAAAUAUGGAGUGUUUCGAUUUUCCUACUUUUCUUUCUACUUCUUUAUGGGAUUUUAGGAGUUCAGAUGUUUGGAACUUUUACCUAUCACUGUGUAGUGAAUGACACAAAACCAGGGAAUGUAACCUGGAAUAGCUUAGCUAUCCCAGAUACACACUGCUCACCAGAGCUCGAAGAAGGCUACCAGUGCCCCCCUGGAUUUAAAUGCAUGGACCUGGAAGAUCUGGGGCUUAGCAGGCAAGAGCUGGGCUACAGUGGCUUUAAUGAGAUAGGCACGAGUAUAUUCACAGUCUACGAGGCUUCCUCUCAGGAAGGCUGGGUGUUCCUCAUGUACAGAGCAAUCGACAGUUUCCCUCGCUGGCGUUCCUACUUCUAUUUCAUCACUCUCAUUUUCUUCCUUGCCUGGCUUGUUAAGAAUGUGUUUAUUGCUGUCAUCAUUGAAACAUUUGCAGAAAUCAGAGUGCAGUUUCAACAAAUGUGGGGAACUAGAAGCAGCACGACUUCCACAGCCACCACACAGAUGUUUCAUGAAGACACUUCUGGUGGCUGGCAGCUGGUAGCUGUGGAUGUCAACAAGCCCCAGGGACGAGCCCCAGCCUGCCUACAGAAAAUGAUGCGAUCCUCAGUUUUCCACAUGUUUAUCCUGAGCAUGGUGACUGUGGACGUGAUAGUCGCAGCUAGCAACUACUACAAAGGAGAAAACUUCCGAAGGCAAUACGACGAGUUCUAUCUUGCAGAGGUGGCAUUUACAGUCCUUUUUGACUUGGAAGCCCUCCUGAAGAUAUGGUGUUUGGGAUUCACUGGAUACAUCAGCUCAUCUCUCCACAAAUUUGAACUACUGCUUGUCAUUGGGACUACUCUCCAUGUGUAUCCAGGUCUUUACCAUUCUCAAUUCACAUACUUUCAGGUCCUUCGGGUAGUCCGGCUUAUUAAGAUUUCACCUGCAUUAGAAGACUUUGUGUAUAAGAUAUUUGGACCUGGGAAAAAGCUUGGGAGCUUGGUGGUGUUUACAGCCAGCCUGUUGAUUGUGAUGUCAGCCAUUAGUCUGCAAAUGUUCUGCUUUGUUGAAGAACUGGACAGAUUCACAACAUUUCCAAGGGCAUUCAUGUCCAUGUUCCAGAUCCUCACCCAGGAAGGAUGGGUGGAUGUGAUGGAUCAGACGCUCAAUGCUGUGGGACAUAUGUGGGCACCUGUGGUCGCCAUCUAUUUCAUUCUCUAUCAUCUCUUUGCCACUUUGAUCCUCCUGAGUUUGUUUGUUGCUGUUAUUUUGGACAACUUAGAACUCGAUGAAGAUCUAAAGAAGCUUAAACAAUUAAAGCAAAGCGAAGCAAAUGCAGACACCAAAGAAAAGCUCCCUUUGCGCUUGAGAAUAUUUGAAAAAUUCCCCAACAGACCGCAAAUGGUGAAAAUCUCAAAACUGCCUUCAGAUUUUACAGUUCCUAAAAUCAGGGAAAGUUUCAUGAAGCAGUUCAUUGAUCGCCAGCAACAGGACACCUGCUGCCUCUUCAGAAUCCUCCCUUCAACCUCCUCAUCAUCAUGUGAUCAAGCCAAGAAGUCUACAGGCGAAGACAACAACAAAUACAUUAACAGAAGACUUCGCAAGUCUGUUUUCAGCAUCAGAGCAAGGAACCUUCUGGAAAAGGAGGCUGCAGUCACAAAAAUCUUAAGAGCUUGCACUCGACAGCGCAUGCUGAGUGGAUCAUUCGAGGGGCAGCCAGCAAAGGAAAGGUCAAUCCUCAGCGUACAGCAUCACAUCCGCCAGGAGCGCAGGUCACUACGGCAUGGAUCAAAUAGCCAGAGGAUAAGCAGGGGGAAAUCUCUGGAAACUUUGACUCAAGACCAUUCCAAUACAGUGAGAUACAGAAAUGCACAAAGAGAAGACAGUGAAAUAAAGAUGAUUCAGGAGAAAAAGGAGCAAGCAGAGAUGAAAAGGAAAGUUCAGGAAGAGGAGCUGAGAGAGAACCAUCCAUACUUCGACAAGCCGCUGUUCAUCGUGGGGCGGGAGCACAGAUUCAGAAACUUUUGCCGGGUGGUGGUUCGUGCACGCUUCAAUGCAUCGAAAACAGACCCUGUCACAGGAGCUGUGAAAAAUACAAAAUACCAUCAACUUUAUGAUUUGCUGGGACUGGUCACUUACCUGGACUGGGUCAUGAUCAUCGUCACCAUUUGCUCUUGCAUUUCCAUGAUGUUUGAAUCCCCCUUCCGGAGAGUCAUGCACGCACCUACUUUGCAGAUCGCUGAGUAUGUGUUUGUGAUAUUCAUGAGCAUUGAGCUUAAUCUGAAGAUUAUGGCAGAUGGCUUAUUUUUCACUCCAACUGCUGUCAUCAGGGACUUUGGUGGAGUAAUGGACAUAUUUAUCUAUCUUGUGAGCUUGAUAUUUCUAUGCUGGAUGCCUCAAAAUGUGCCUGCCGAAUCAGGAGCUCAGCUUCUGAUGGUUCUUCGGUGCCUAAGACCUCUGCGGAUAUUCAAACUGGUGCCCCAGAUGAGGAAAGUUGUUCGAGAACUUUUCAGCGGCUUCAAGGAAAUUUUUUUGGUCUCCAUUCUCUUGCUGACACUAAUGCUUGUUUUUGCCAGCUUUGGAGUUCAGCUCUUUGCUGGAAAGCUAGCCAAGUGCAAUGACCCCUACAUUAUCAGAAGGGAAGAUUGUAAUGGCAUUUUCAGAAUUAAUGUAAGUGUGUCCAAGAACUUAAAUUUGAAACUAAAACCUGGAGAGAAAAAACCUGGAUUUUGGGUGCCCCGUGUUUGGGCCAAUCCUCGGAACUUUAAUUUUGACAAUGUGGGAAAUGCCAUGCUGGCAUUGUUUGAAGUUCUGUCUUUGAAAGGCUGGGUGGAAGUGAGGGAUGUCAUUAUUCAUCGUGUGGGGCCGAUCCAUGGAAUCUAUAUUCAUGUUUUUGUGUUCUUGGGUUGCAUGAUUGGACUGACCCUUUUCGUUGGUGUAGUUAUUGCUAAUUUCAAUGAAAACAAGGGGACAGCUCUGCUGACAGUAGAUCAGAGACGAUGGGAAGAUCUCAAGAGCAGACUGAAGAUCGCACAGCCUCUUCAUCUCCCACCUCGCCCUGAUAAUGACGGCUUUAGAGCUAAAAUGUAUGACAUAACCCAGCAUCCGUUUUUUAAGAGGACUAUUGCGUUGCUUGUUCUGGCCCAGUCUGUGUUGCUGUCUGUCAAGUGGGAUGUCGAAGACCCUGUGACUGUCCCUUUGGCAACAAUGUCAGUUGUCUUCACCUUCAUCUUCGUCCUGGAGGUUACAAUGAAGAUCAUAGCAAUGUCACCUGCCGGGUUCUGGCAAAGCAGAAGAAAUCGAUACGAUCUCUUGGUGACAUCACUCGGUGUGGUGUGGGUGGUGCUUCACUUUGCUCUGCUGAAUGCAUAUACCUACAUGAUGGGUGCAUGUGUGAUUGUCUUUAGAUUUUUCUCCAUCUGUGGAAAGCAUGCAUGCAAAUUUUUCUUCGGCUGGCAAGGCUAUUACUGUAUUGUUCCGAAUUGUCACAGGAGAAGACUGGAACAAGAUUAUGCAUGAUUGUAUGGUUCAGCCCCCAUUUUGUACUCCAGAUGAAUUUACAUACUGGGCGACAGACUGUGGAAAUUACGCAGGGGCACUUAUGUAUUUCUGUUCAUUCUAUGUCAUCAUCGCCUACAUCAUGCUGAAUCUGCUCGUAGCCAUAAUUGUGGAGAAUUUCUCCUUGUUUUAUUCCACUGAAGAGGAUCAGCUUUUAAGUUACAAUGAUCUUCGUCACUUUCAAAUCAUAUGGAACAUGGUGGAUGAUAAAAGAGAGGGCGUGAUCCCCACCUUCCGAGUCAAGUUCCUGCUGCGGCUGCUGCGUGGGAGGCUGGAGGUGGACCUAGACAAAGACAAGCUCCUGUUUAAGCACAUGUGCUAUGAGAUGGAGAGGCUUCACAAUGGUGGUGACGUCACAUUCCAUGAUGUCUUGAGCAUGCUCUCCUAUCGCUCCGUGGACAUACGGAAGAGCCUGCAGCUGGAAGAGCUGCUAGCACGGGAACAGCUGGAGUACACCAUAGAGGAGGAGGUGGCCAAACAGACCAUCCGCAUGUGGCUGAAGAAGUGUUUGAAACGCAUCCGGGCCAAACAGCAGCAGUCAUGCAGCAUCAUCCACAGCCUGAGGGAGAGCCAGCAGCAAGAGCUGAGCAGAUUCCUGAAUCCUCCCAGCAUUGAGACCACCCAGCCAAGUGAGGACACCAGUGCGAACAGCCAAGAUCAUAAUACGCAACCUGAGACAAGCAGCCAGCAGCAGCUCCUGAGCCCUACACUGUCGGACAGAGGAGGAAACCGCCAGGAUGCAGCUGAUCCUGGGAAACCCCAAAGAAAGUUUGGACAAUGGCGUUUGCCCUCAGCUGCCAUCCCUGAGAAGACGGCACCUGUUAACAAAAUGAGAUGUUACAGCCAAGAUCCAGAAAGAAAGGAGGAAGAGGUUUCCAAGGGCUUCCUGGCUCCCAAACCAAUAAGCCAUUCUGUGUCUUCGGUCAACCUACGGUUUGGAGGGAGGACAACAAUGAAGUCUGUGGUAUGCAAGAUGAAUCCCAUGCCCGACACAGCUUCCUGUGGCUCCGAAGUUAAGAAGUGGUGGACCAGACAGCUGACUGUAGAGAGUGAUGAAAGUGGAGAUGAUCUUUUGGAUAUAUAGAUGGUUGUCAAAACACAAAGGAAGUUACAUGGGGAAAACUGUUUUCUAGCAUUCUUUCAUCAUCUUGCAAGCAAUCCAUAAUUGCUACACAUUUAAUUUCAACUUGGCAUAGGAUUUUUUCAUUGAUUUUUGUCCCUCCACAGUAAAGGUUGGUCAAAGCUAUAUGUGUGUUGGAUUAUUAUUAUGUAUUAAAGAAAAUUUGGGCCUGAGGGUAUAUGUCAGUGGGAAAGCACCUGCCUGGUAUGUACAAAGCCUAUGUUUGAUCCCCAAUACCACAAGAAAAGAAAAUAUGUGUAAUGAUAGUAUUGAUACUUAGACACUAUAUCAACAGCAGAUAUAGACCAAACAUUUCAUACAUUCUGUCUGUGUAAACCAAGGUAUAUAUUCAUAGGAGCUUUUGCAUAUUUUUAGUACCCCUCAAAGCAUGCUAAGCCAAAAGUGACUGAUAUUUAUGGUAGAGGUGUUAACAGCUUUAGUUUAGCUUUUUUUCUCGUUUUCCAAUAGAAACACUUCUCUUGGGAGAAUUUAUUAUUUAUGAUUGAUCUGAAAAGGUCAGCACUGAGCUCAUGUUAAAAUGAUAGUAGUUUCAAAAACUACAGAUACUGAAUUUUUUAGUCUAUUCUUUUCCUCAUGUUAUUUUUAAAGAUAUGCAUAAGGUGUUCAGAAAUCAGAGCAAUUGAUUUGUGUCUUCAGUUGCUCUAAUGAAAGUGAAACCAGCUUACAAGACAGUUGAAUACGCAGGUCCCAGGUAAGGGAAUUGGCCCAGUGGCUGGUGUAAUAAAAACCUAUAGGCGGAUUACCUGAGGGAUAUGGAGAAGCAAAAAAAUGUUUCUUUUAAAAUCCUCUUAAUAACUAAGUUUAGGAAACAGGGUAAAACUUCAAGACUCCAUUUAUUUAAAAGUCUUUCCAUAUGAGAGGUUAUUGUGGGCGUCAUGGAUGAUCCGUGGUUGUGGCUAUUUUUCUGGGAAUCAGCAGGGACAUUGUGGGUUCCCCCAACACACUAUUGCUAUGUGAGAUUCAGAAUAAUUCUCCUGCUGCCAGAAUCUUCUAUGGAAAUAAUGGUAUGAUCUUUCUCUGAACCCCAUUUGGAUAUCCCACAACUUAAUUGUAUUUUUCCCACAUAUCAGUGGUCCAUGUCCUCAGGGAAAAUUAGAAAUACAAAAUGACCAGGAAGAACUUCUGGACCCAGUGCUGGGUGGGGCUCCCUUGAGUUGUCAUUAUCAAUUGGAGAUUUAAUGUUUGGAUUAUUUUAACAGACUGAUUUUAUGAGAAUCUUCUGACUCUUGGGUUGCUUUAUGAUACCUUUUUCUCUAUUUAAUAUUCUUCAAAUAUUUAAAUAUCACAUUCCUUCUAUAAAAUGGACAUUCCUUCCAUAAGAUGUGACAUUCUGUGAUCAUCUAUUGUAAAUAUGGUUAUUUGUGACUAUGAGGUAAUAGGCAAUUCAAGUUAAUGCAGCCAAAAAGGAUGUUUACUUGGUUUUAUGUUCAUUUGGAAUUUACUUUUUGUACAUAAAAAUAAAAUAAAUACUGGAUUUG